AUGAGCAAAUCUCACGGAUGUUUUGCUCGAGAUUCCGCCAUGGAUGUCGCUUCUGCUCGGGGCGUCUCUUCACAUCCUCCAUGUAUACGCACACUCUGUUCUGAAUCUACCUUGAUUAUGUUCGUGAAACGUAACUUAUUUUUCCUCGGGAUAACUGUUUUUUUUUUCUCUCUUAAUCAUGUUCUCAGAUUAUGGAAAACCAAUUUGUUCAUCACAGUCAUCCUUGAUUCGGAGAUUUUGAUUUCUCGGGAUAAAGUAUGUUGUUUUGGUCGUAUUUCGAAUGGCAUGACGAGCUUGAGUACUUCCCUUCAUGCUGCUCCUAAGGGAAAAUUUAUGGGCGAAGCAAGGCGUAAUGAUGUACAAUGGUCUACACGCUCUUUAAGAUGUGAUCCUUUCAAAGCUCAUGACAAGAAAUCACAGAGAUUAAGUGAUUCGGCGAGAGGUAUCACUGUAAGAUCGGAUCUUUCAGGAGCUGCUACCCCUGAAUCUUCUUGUCCACAACCAGAGAUUAAGUUGAGCUCAAGACUCAGAGGGAUAUGCUUUUGUGUCGUUGCUGCCAUCUCUGCCAUUUUUCUCAUCGUCCUGAUGAUUGUUGGGCAUCCGUUCGUCCUUCUCUUUGAUCGCUAUAGGAGAAAGUUCCAUCACUUCAUUGCUAAAAUCUGGGCUUCGAUAAGCAUUUAUCCGUUUUACAAAAUAGAGAUCAAGGGUUUGGAGAAUCUGCCAUCAUCUGACACUCCUGCUGUAUAUGUAUCAAACCACCAAAGUUUUCUUGAUAUAUACACACUUCUCAGUCUUGGCAAAUGCUUUAAGUUCAUCAGCAAGACAGGGAUAUUCGUGAUUCCCAUCAUCGGUUGGGCCAUGUCCAUGAUGGGUGUGGUUCCCUUGAAGCGGAUGGACCCAAGAAGCCAAGUGGAUUGCUUAAAACGUUGCAUGGAACUCUUAAAGAAAGGAGCAUCUGUCUUUUUCUUCCCAGAAGGAACACGGAGCAAGGAUGGUCGGUUAGGUCCUUUCAAGAAAGGCGCGUUUACGGUGGCUGCGAAGACCGGAGUUCCUGUAGUUCCAAUCACACUAAUGGGAACAGGCCAAAUAAUGCCGACGGGUAGUGAAGGUAUACUGAACAAUGGGAGUGUCAGAGUCAUCAUCCAUAAGCCGAUACAUGGAAGCAAAGCAGAUGUUCUUUGCAACGAGGCCAGAAACAAGAUUGCAGAAUCUAUGAACCUCUUGAGCAACUGA